UUGCUGUGUUUUGGUGAUUAAACUGGCCUGCUCCACUGGAGUUGAGCAUCACUGGGACAGGGACUGACCCCUUCACCAGGACUGGGGCUGCGAAACCAGCCCAGGACGUUGGCUUUGAAUUUCCAGGGAAUGUCAUUCAGAUGGGCCCAGUGCCGUUUGUCUAACAAAGGGGUCCCAAACUACACCGCCUAAGGGAGGUCCCGAUUGGAUGCAGUGGUGCAGAGCCACCUUGUAGCAGUGGGCUGGAACGUGGGGGAGUUUCCAUCUUCAAGGGCUGCUAAUAGACAAAUACAGGCAGCCCACACUGAAUCAGGGGUCACCUGCGUCUGGGCACUUGGGCUCUGGAUUUGGCACUUGGAGGCUGUGGCUUCAGUUCCCUCUAAGUUAGUUUGGUUCGGGCCCUGACGCUGUGCUCGUGAGAAAACGCUUCGCUCAGAAUGCACCGGUAAAACGCCCAGCUGCAGAAACGGGUACUCACCAGGUCAGAGCUUGUUCUCGGCUGAUUGGUUAAAUAAGGGGCCGGUGGGACUGAGGUUCCCGGAGCUCGGCGACGCUCCAGAGUGCUUCAGGGCUGCAGGAAAGCGGAGCUGGCUCGUUUGCACAAGCGAGGAGUUAGAGAGACCUGGUCUCACAGGAGGCGCCUCAAACCUGUGACCCCUGGGCAGCUGGAGGGGUGAUAAAGACCACUAAUCUACCCCUGUGGCUAUCGGACAUGCACAAAGCUUGGUUUAUUAUAUUCCCCCUAAACAAGAAAAGAAAAGACACUGUGCUAAAACAUUGUCGUUUUCCGCUGUUCGGAACGUUCGAGAGGCCAGGUCAAACUUCACAAGUCUUAUCUGAGCACAAUAAAAAUUCCUGCGUUUUGCCCUCAUUCCCUGGAGUCCUUGGCUCAGGAAGGGUCCCUCGUUGGGAACGCGGUCUGCUGUGUGUUUUCCUUCCAGUGGAAAUGGGAUCUGUGCUCAGUGAAGUGUAAAAUGAGCCAUGUGAAAGCAGUUAUCUUGUGGGCCUGCUUCCCGGCCCCUGCGGAAUAAGAUAAAGCCAUUGCCUUCUCUUCAGCGUAGCCAUGUGCGUGUCGGGAGGCGAUGUGCCAGCAAACGGGGCAGCGUCGCCUGUGGUUUAGGAGCUGCUUCUCGGUUCGGGAUUUCUGUUCUGUGUAGCUGAAGCAUUUAUCAUCUAUUGAGAGGCACUAACAGCCCCUCCCCUGAGUAUUGGAACAGGGACAUUUGUUGUGUUUUUUCAUGCCUCACAGAAGAAGUAAUGACUGAAUAAUUAUCUGCCUGACUACGCAGAUUUUUUUUUCAUACCCAGACGUUUUGCAUUAUCCUUAAUUUCAUCUGUAAGAAAUAUAAAAUGGUCAGUACGUGAGAAUAUAAGGUUUAUGCUAAAAUUGCUCAGGCACUGGCGUUGUACAGGUUAUGUGGCUUAGAUAUGUAUUCAUGAUAUUCGUAUUGCAUACCUAUUGCUGGACGAAGACGUCUGCAAAAUACCAUUCCUUGUAACAGCACGCAGUUGACCUCCCCUUGAGGGUGAUGGUGUUAGUCUUUCAGUCGCACCACCACAGUAUCGUAGCGACUGGCGCCACCUGGUGGCCGGAUGGCGACACAGUACACGCAGUACAGCUCUUUUUACACCAGACACAUGAGCGUCCUGGGGUGCCUCUCCUCUCUCACAGAGCCCCACGUGCGUGUGUGUGUGUGCGUGCGUGUGUUCCAGGUGCUGGCGCGCAGGAGAGCAGACGGGACGGUCCUGAGGGGGAGGGUGGUGGAGACCGAGGCCUACCUGGGCGGGGAGGACCGGGCCUCCCACUCCGCGGGCGGGCGGCGCACCGAGAGGAACGCCGCCAUGUUCAUGAGGCCCGGGACCAUCUACGUCUACCAGAUCUACGGCAUCUACCUGUGCAUGAACGUCUCCAGCCAGGGAGAGGGGGCGGCCGUGCUGCUGCGCUCGCUGGAGCCCCUGCAGGGCCAGGAGGUCAUGAGGGAGCUGCGGGGAGCCCGGCGGAAACCAGGCUCGCGACCCCUGAAGGACAAGGAACUUUGCAACGGCCCCUCCAAGCUCUGCCAGGCACUGGACGUCAGCAGGGGGUUCGACCAGCGGGACUUGGCCCGCGACGGCGAGGUGUGGCUGGAGCAGGACCCCGACACGCCGUCGCGGGCGCCCCAGGAUAUAGUGUGCGCCCCCCGCGUUGGCAUCGACUCGGCCAGGGAGUGGGCCGCCACACCCCUGCGGUUCUACGUGCGGGGGAACCCCUGUGUGAGCGUGCUGGACAGGGCAGCCGAAAAGCAGCCCACCACUCCCUGACGGGCGCCCCCAGUGAUCCCAGCAGGAGGGGGGAGGGCAGGCCUGGGCGCAAGCACUCAAGAGCCAAGCAGCACUAAGGGAGAGCACGACAUGUACUCCUAGAAACCCCCAGGCAGUGCCAGAUUAAUUCAUCAUACCCCUGUCCUGUCUACUUCCUGUCACUUCAUGAGCUUUUUAAUCACCAGUCAGCUAAUAAACUUUUCUACUACCAUGUUUUCCUAUAUUAACCACAAAUCAAACACUUUCUUAUUUCUUUAAAAUAAACUUCCAUUUCAUCUACCUAAA